AAUUUUUGGUUUACGACUUUCUACCGUACUAGAUCUACCUCUUUAUGACAAUUGAAAGUAAACUAAAAACAUGUGCACGUGUUGACAGAUAAAAUCAAGUUUUAUUAUUGUUUAUUCUUUAUAAAUAUUGAUAUAGUCACAUUGUUUAAAAUGUUGAGAAGGGCACUGAAGAAACAAACCGAACUUGUAGCUAACAAAUCUAGUAACAAACCGACCAAGAAGAAUUCAAGUCGAGCUUUAGGUGGAAAAAGCAAACGUAAUUUGAAAGCUGAAAAUGAACGAGCUCUCGAAGUACUAGUUUUAGGUGGAGCAGAUGAUGUUGUCGACCGUUUUGGCUCCAAAAAAGAACAUAAACAGACAAAAAAAUCUAGAAAGAGAAAGUUUGUAGGAACGUCAUUAUUUGAAGGAGAAGAUAGAGAAGCUGCAUGGGAGGAUGAAUAUGAUGAUAUUGAAAGCGUACAGGUAACCGAUGCCCCAAAACAUAAAGGUGUAAAGAUAGGAUCGGAACAAAGUUUAUCUGGUGAUGUUUAUAAAGAAAGAUUAAAGGAAAGGUUUGAGAAAGUGAACUCGACUCCAGAUUGGGCGAAGUUAGACAGAGAAUUAGUAGAUUCUGAUGAUGACAGUGAUGUAGAUGAAUUAUUACAUACAACUGGGAAUUUCCUAUCAUCAUCAGCAUCACUACCAUCAGGAACUCUACAGAUUAAAAAAUGUACAGAUUUAAACAGAGAUUCAUCAUCACAGGCCAGAUUAACAGCUUUAGAAUUUCAUCCUACAGCUCAAGUUGCUUUAACUGCAGCUAAAAAUCAACCCUUUACCCUCUUCCAGAUUGAUGGUAAACAUAAUGCAAAAAUACAGAGUGUUUAUAUAGAAAGAUUUCCGAUAUUAAAUGCACACUUCAGUCAUAAUGGUGAAGAGGUUAUAGCUGGUUCACAUUAUCCUUCAUUCAGAUAUUACGAUAUGUUAGCUGGUAAAAUGAUAAUAGUACCAAAAAUAAAAGGUAUGAAUGAAGAUCAUACAAGUCAUUUCCGUGUUUCACCAGAUGGCAGAUUCCUUACCUUCCUAGGUCGUCAUGGAAACAUACAUCUUGUUUCUGCAAAGUCUAAGGAAUUAAUAGAAAGUAUAAAGAUGAAUGGUACUGUGGAAGAUUUAACUUUCACUAAGGAUGGUUCUUUCAUGUAUACGUUUGGUAGUGAUGGACAAGUAUAUAUAUGGGAUAUGAGUACCCGAUCAUGUAUACAUCGAUUCUAUGAUGAUGGUUGUAUUAAAGGUACCUCUAUAACAGCCUCACCUAAUGGUCAAUAUCUAGUCUGUGGGUCAUAUAGUGGUGUUGUACAUGUUUAUAAUAUUUUACGGUCUUAA